AUGUCAGACUCUUCGAAGUCACUUCAUCAAUUGACUGUAGAGAACCGGGGAUUCCAAGCUUCGCCUCUACACUGGACCUUCCAUCAUCUCGAGUUGGUGGGUUGCGAAUUUAUCGAGGUCGAAGAAGCCAGCGGCACCCAAGGCCAUCACGCCCAACAAGAUGGGAGGCUUACAUAUUACGCUACCCGGUUAGCGACAACACCCGUCGAAAACAUGAAAUCGCACUACGUCCGAUCACUGUUUAGAGGAACAGGUGUUUUAGAGUUUGUCCUCGUGGCCGCCGCCUUUCACUACUGUGAUCGACUCGUGCAUGUACCUCACUGCAGUGCUUUUCGGAUCUCUGGGCACAUUGACGUACCAUAUCCCGAGCCAAUUGUCGGAUAUUAUUCCUACAAUGUUGACGAGGACCGUAAGGCGCGGUUCACUGCCCGGGCUGGCCCCCCGGGUACGAUGAACCUGCCUAUGGAGCAGAUCUACGAACGAAGACUUGCCAAAGUCACCCCUCAGGACUGGACCCGAGAUCCGUAUCUGGUCUGUGUGAUGUUGAGCCUGGCACAAGCCCAGGAGAGAUCCGAUACAACAGGUCAGGCACGGCUUUACCUCGUCCGUCUUCUCGUUACUCACAAGGACGAACAAGAGAAUGCCUAUGUCUACAAGGCAGAUUUCCCUUCCCAAUUCUUGGAGUGUCUCAAGAUUCCUUCCCGUCCUAUGGAUGAUUUCGAGUUCCCCGCCAUCACGGUGGCCAAGGUGGCCUUUGAGCCAUAUGAAACCUUCGGUGGUCGAGCUGCCGAGGCCCUGGUCGGCGCGCAGUACUUUUCCUCCGCAGCCUAA